AUGCUGAAAUUGACAUACAGUUUUUGCAGAUAUGCAAGACUCACAUGUGAGAAUAUUAGUCAUAACAUAACCAUAGUACGACAGUUAACAAAUUUGAAUUGUAAAAGCAAGACAUGUUUCACGUGGAACAGUCACCAAUCCCUACUGAGUCCUAUUGUUUACACGGGUGCACAGUGGCGACUGCUAGCGAAUAUAAUGAAGAGAUAUCGACUCAAGAAGUCAUUUUCAAAUUCGAACGCUCCAAAGGCACCCAACCAAAUGAGUGACUCGCUGCAGCCCAAUUUGACUAAUAUAAGCUAUGGGGGACAAUUCGAAAUUCUUAGUUCUGAGGAAAAUGAUUCUUCUGAUGAAUGGCAACCUCAGUACGGUUCAUACAAUAGUCAGCCGACUAGUAUUCCAACUGAUUUUCGGAUAUGGGAGCCAGUAGGGAAGAAAACGGAAAAUAAUGAGGGUUUUAAAUUUAGAGUUUUGUCCUACAAUGUGUUGGCACAGUACUUGCUGGAGUGCCAUCCAUAUCUUUACACGGACUGUUCGUCUCGUAAUUUAAAGUGGAAAAUAAGGGCCGCUAGACUUUAUGAUGAGAUCCUGAGUAUAUCGCCAGAUAUUUUCUGCCUCCAAGAAGUACAAGUGUCCCAUUUAAAGAGUUUCUACUCAAAGUUCGAAGACUUGGGAUACUACAGUAUAUUCAAACAGAAGACCGGAGACAGACAAGAUGGUUGUGCGAUUUACUUCAAGCAGUCGGUUUUUGAUAUGCAAGAUCAUAUUAGCGUGGAGUUCUAUCAGCCGGGAAUGCCUAUACUCAACCGGGACAACGUUGGAUUGAUGGUAAAAUUGCUACCGAAGGGGUCGCCGAAAACGCCUUUCGUGGUUGCCACGACUCAUCUUUUGUACAACCCUCAGAGGACAGACGUACGUCUAGCGCAGAUGCAAGUGCUUUUGGCGGAAAUCGACCGAUUUGCCUACAUUGAUAACGGGAAUGAGUCUUCAUACCUACCAAUAAUUUUAACGGGUGAUUUUAAUUCGAAUCCAGACAGUGCUAUUGUACAAUUAUUGGAUAGAGGAUGUAUUAGCGCCAGUACACUCAGAGGAAGCUCGGAUUGGAAAAAAAUUGCCGUUACUGACAACUGUCAGCAUCUAUCAGUGUAUCUGAAUAGACAAAAAGGAAUUACCACCGAUUUUAAUAUGAUAAAGAUAUAUAAUUCUGACUAUUCAAUAAGAGCCCCAGAGGAUGGCGCAUCUCAAAUUUCAGAUUACAGCGGGAUGUUCAACAGUGGGUCUAUAUGUCACCCAUUGAAACUGACUUCGGUGUACCAUAAAAUUAAAUCGAAUGGCCAUUUUGAGGCUACCACUUUCCAAGACUAUUGGGUUACAGUAGAUUAUAUUUAUUUUAGUCGUUGUAGAUCCUUGAAACUCGUGGAGAGGCUUCGUUUACCAACUGCUACUGAAUGUGAGGUUCUCGGACGUUUGCCAAACGACCACUACGGCUCCGACCAUCUCGCACUCGCAGCGACGUUCGAAUUGAAACCAGUCUUGUCUUCUCUGUAAUUAACAUUUAACAUUGAAAAGCAUCUUUAUUUAUUUGUAUUAAUUCGAUUGUGGAAGAUGUUCUUUUGAUAAAUUAUUAUCCUAAAAUUUAUGUUGAUCUUAGAUUUAUUCGAAAUAGCUUUUCAAUUAAUAAUAAUUAAUCGAAAUAUUUAAACACGCAAUGAAACGAUCACAGUUGAGAGUGGAGAUGUUUCUGACAGAUGCAGUUGAUUUUGAGAAGGCAUUUUGAUUAUACACGGACCCGUCGUGGCGUGAAAAUUGUUAAGGUCUUGGAAAGAGUUUUAUUUUUGUUAUUUAGAUUAUUUUUUGUAAUAAAACACAUGAAGCAUUAAAA